GAAGAAGAAAAAAUGUCUCAAAUCAAACGGGGUCAAGGCAGCAAGCCACCAAGACAGCGCUUUCCCUUCCUUCUUCUCCAAGUCCAACACGCACCAGACGCUCCUUUCCAUUUUCAGCUUCGUCUGUUCUUUUCUCUCACCUGGAGGAGGAUCGCGAGGCGGCCGAAGAAGAAAUAUAAGAUAAAGGGGGAGAACGGUGUGGUUCUGAGGGGGGAGAAUCUUGAGCGAUUUUGGCAAAGGAAAGCUCGAAUAACCUCUUUUUCUGAUGCAUUAGAGGUAGAUCCCCCUUUAUUAGCUCUAGGGAUCAGCAAUAUUGUCUGCUUUGUGAACCUCUUCAGAGUGAUGCCCUGAGAGAAGCUAUUACUCAGUUAUCAACUGAUGCUAAUGAGAAGAAGCGCAACUUCACUGAAAGUGAUGAACUGCAGAUUGGGUUGAAGAAUAUGAUCCCCAGAAAGACAAGCGUUUCAGUGGUUCAGUAAAGUUGCCUCAUAUUCCUCCCAAGAUGAAGGUCUGCAUGCUUGGUGAUGCUCAGCAUAUUGUAGAGGUAAUUGUGUUGUUGAUGUUUCUGAAAUUAAUGGAUGCGGAGAAUAGGGAACUUUAUAAAAUUAUGUAUCUAUUUUUAUAAAACUAUUUGAUGAUUCCAUGGACCUUUAUAUUUUUCAAUGUGCAAGUGAUAGAGUGACUGCUCUUAUCAAAUUUAGCUUUUUGGUAGCA